AGUUGCUUUCACGGCCUUCAAUCUUGAAGUCACACUUUGCAAAACUCGCUUUGUCGGCAGGAUUUUGAAGGACAUUUACUGGAGCACUCGCUAUGUGGUUGGUCUGCGUCCUUACGCUGCCGUGUUUCGCCCUGGGAGCCACAGUUGAAUGGAUGGAACUAUUUGGCAUAAUUGGAUCAUCAAUUUUCCUGAAAACUGAAUACCAAGAAGGUCUCAGCAAAAAUGAAAUAUUAUGGACUUUCAUCUCUGGCAACAAAAGCUCUGUCACUAUUUUGGAUCACAUGCCAGAUAAAACUACAGAGUAUACAAGCGAACAAUUCAAAAACCGUUUAAAAUUCCAUGCAGGUCAUGGAGAUGUGGAGGUAAAAACUUUAAAACGUGAAGAUCAAGGCAAUUACACCUUUUGUCUUAAUGGGCAAGAUAAAAUAAUUAUAGGAUUAUUUCUCUAUGAGCAUCAUAAAACAAACAUUUCCUCAUUACCCAUGAGUUCUGUCUCUUUCCCUGGAAUACACACGGCUGACAAGUGUUCUGCAGAGCUUAUUAUGUGGAAAAAGAGAAGUGAAAACAAAAAAAAUGGAAAAAGACGGGAAACUGUAUUGGAAUUACACACAAAAUCUACUAAAUCAGUCAUAUUACCACGUUACAUGGGUCGACUAGACUUCAAGGACAAUGCUUCAUUCAUCCUUCACAAUUUAACAUCUGAAGAUGAAGGUGUUUAUGAACUUUGCCUCAACAACGCAGAAACCAUUGUUCAAACAGUCGUCUUGAAAAUAAAGGGUGUUUCCAGCAAAGGCUCUACAAUUAAAGUAUUAUUGGUGCUACUGAUAUUGCCGUUCACUGGCAUUGUCAUCAUUCUCGUAUGUUUGAGGUCGCAAUUAAAAACAGUGUCUCGGAGGCUGAUUAGCCAUAUACCGCCAUGUUUUGCCACUUUCAUUGUAUCCAAUUUCGGGAUUUGUUUUAAAGGCAGAAAUAAAGAUGUUAACACGGAUGAGGCAAGCCUAACAGAUCCGAACAGCAAGACAAUCAGGGACUCGCAUGGCACUGCGCUCCAGACUUAUACGGGGCCUUUCCAGACUGAGGUCGCGACUUGUGAUAUAGAUCGUGAGGAGAUUGUGUCGGUGGCCUACUUCAAGCCUGCUUAUUUGGAUAUGGACAGUGGUGCGGACCGCUGAAAAAAAUCAUUUUACUCAUGAAACUGGAUAGGUAUGGCAUCCGAAGGGUUGGAUUGGAUUGGGUGAGAAGCUAUUUAAGAAACAGGCAACAAUUUGUAGAAAUAGGUGAACAGAAAUCAACUUGUAUGAACAUAACUUGUGGAGUACCUCAAGAGUCUGUGUUGGGUCCAAAGCUUUUCAUAAUAUAACAUUAACGACAUAUGCAAAGUAUCAAAUAUACUGUAAUUAAUUAUAUUUGACAAUGAUACGAAUAUUUUUUUUCCCGUUGAGAAUUUGAAGCAGCUUUUGGAGGUCAUCACAUCUGAAAUGAAUAAAUUAAAACAGUGGUUUGAUGUCAACAAAUUGUCUCUAAAUUUAAGCAAAACAAAGAUUAUGCUAUUUGGAAAACAUAAAACAAACCCUCAAGUACAAUUGAAAAUAGAUAACAUAAGUAUAGAAAGAGUAUAUGAAAAUUAAUUUCUUGGUGUGAUCUUAGACCACACAAUCGUCUGGAAACCACAUAUAAACCACGUCAAAGCAAAACUGGCAAAGUCUAUAGCAAUAUUGGGAAAAUCAAGACACAUUCUGGACCACAAAUCAUUACAUACUUUGUAUAAUACACUCAUAUUGCCAUAUCUGAGUUACUGUGUGGAAAUAUGGGGUAACACCUACAAAACCAACCUACAGCUGUUAUGCACAUUACUAAAAAGAGCAAUAAGAAUUAUCAAUAACGUUGGCUAUCUUGAACAUACCAAUUUAUUAUUCUUAAAGUCACAUACACUGAAGUUCACCGAUCUGGUUAAAUUUAAGACUGCGCAAAUCAUGUACAAAGCAAGAACUAAUUUACUUCCAAGAAAUAUACAAAAACUGUUUAUGGAAUGACAGGGUGGGUAUAAUUUGAGAGGGGAACAUAAUUUAAAAAAAACUCAAUGUCCGAACAACUCUUAAAAGUAUGUGCAUAGCAAUCUGUGGUGUGAAUUUGUGGAAUGGUCUGAAACAGGAGAUAAAACUUAGCACAAGCAUAAUUCGGUUUAAAAAGAUGUACAAAAACACUUGUUUGAAAGGAAGGAAGGAUAGGUGAUUGUGAGUGGGAUAUUUGUUAUACUGAUUGUAUUGGGAAGGGUGAUUAUAGGGUGAUGGGCUGUAUAUAUGACUAAGAGAUACUAUAGUAUAUGAGGAGUUUUUCCUUUUUUUUUUCUCUCUUUUUUUUGUAUGGCUUUGUAAAUAUUUGAUUAGUGUAUAAAUGUAAAUAAUUUGGUGUACAUAUAGUGGCUGGUGUACAUAUGGUGUACAUUUUGUAUAAAUUUGUAUAGGAUAUUUAUAAGCAGUUGAAUAAAGGUGGGAAUUCAUAAGCUUUGGCCUCUUCCUGCUCCUUUUCGGACACAUACGAUUUCACUUAUCUAUAUAUUACUAAAAGUCUGAUCUUGACCGCUUUUAGCCCAUUUCCGAGAGAACGCCGCAACCUACGGCCGUCAUUUUUGGCCACCUCGCUCAGAGCCCCCCUCCGCCUUCCGGUAGCAGAGGAUUUUUCCCGUCGAUGAAAAAUGAGAGAUAUUAAUGUU